CCCGGAACGUCGCGUGAGCGGGAAGUGAAUCCCAAAGGCAUCUUCGUUGGCGAUCUGCCUGAAGCCACAGCGACCAGCGAUCUAAAUGACUACUUUUCCCAAUUUGGACUUAUUGCAGACGUUCAGCUACUUAAAAACAAGCGGAAGGCGGAUUCCUGCCAUGCUGCUAUAGUGACCUUCUGUGAAGCGGAUGCAGUCAGGAAGGUGUUUGCUGCUCAGCCGCACCUGUUAAAUGCAAAGCAAAUCACAGUCUACCCUGCAAACAAAAAUAAAACUCAGUUCAUAAAGCCUGAAGUGUUACCGGAGAAAGGCGUGAAUCCCAAAGGCAUCUUCGUCGGCGAUCUCCCCGAAACAACAAGGGACUGCGAUCUACAUGAAUACUUCUCUAAAUUUGGCCUAAUUACCGACGUUAUCUUGCUGAACAAGAAGCAUGAUGGAGAUUCCUGCCGCUGUGGUUUAGUCAAUUUCCUUGAGGCGGAUGCAGUCAAGAGGGUCUUUGCAGCUCAGCCACACCAGUUAAAUACAAAGCAAAUCACUGUUGCACCUGCAAAGAACAAGAAUGCGGACGGUAGAAAGUAUGUUUUUCCGAUUGUAUAA